AUGCGGUUUGUACACCAGGCUUUUGCGGGUACAAAUAUAAGAUCCAACGAAUACAUAACAUCAGUCUCAGACCGCAUAGAUUUUCUGAAGCAAAAACUCUGUGCAUGGGCAAAACGCAUAAAGAGGUAUAAAAAACGCAGGGAUCGAUAUCAUCAAAAUAGCAUAUUUCAAAGCGACCAACGAAAGGUAUACAGGAAUUGGGAACAGUGCACUACUAAUGUGGUCAAUGGUGAUUUACCAACCCGGGAAUCGAUAAAUAAUUUUUGGCGAAAUAUUUGGUCGAACCCCAUUGAUCACAUUGAGAGUGAUUGGAUGGAUGUUGUCAGAAGGAGGUGCAGCUCACUUCCACAAAUGGAACAAAUUAAGAUAAAUUCAGAAGAUAUAAGUUAUGCAAUCCGUUCAACGUCGAAUUGGAAAUGUCCUGGACUGGACGGAUUGCAUAACUUUUGGCUUAAAUGGUUUCAUAGUUCGCACCCCAUCCUGGCAUCACAAUUCCCAAAUGCAAUUUCUACUAAUUCAUUACCAAAAUUUAUGUCGACUGGUACCACAUUCCUGUUAUACAAAUCGGGAUGUACCGCUGAUCCUAAAAACUACCGCCCUAUAACUUGCUUACCCACCAUCUAUAAGCUACUUACAUCUGUUCUCGUCGCAAAAAUUACAAAACAUAUUACUACAAAUAAUAUUUUGGCUACGACUCAGAACGGAUGUAAGUCUGGUAGUCGUGGUACCAAGGAACUUCUCCUUGACCAUAUGCCAACAGGUACGUCGAAACCGGAAAAAUCUGGCUGCCGCUUGGAUUGA